GUCCGCGAAGGCACCGUUCGUCCAUUUUGCCUUUAACUUGCGCCUGCGCAGUCCUGCGCGUCUGACCUUCAUAGGAGUAACCAUGUUCGCCAGGACCAGCGCGUUGGUGUUCUCCCCACAAUGUGGGCAGGUCAGGAACAUGGCUACCUUGAAGGACAUCACCAUUCGGUUGAAGUCCAUCAAGAACAUCCAGAAAAUCACAAAGUCCAUGAAGAUGGUGGCCGCAGCCAAGUAUGCUCGCGCUGAGAGGCAGCUGAAGCCGGCGCGCGUCUAUGGCACCGGAGCUUUGGCCCUGUACGACAAGGCCGAGAUCAAAGCUCCAGAGGGGAAGGCCUCCAAGCAUUUGAUCGUUGGUGUGACCUCUGACCGUGGUCUCUGCGGCGCCAUCCACUCUGGUGUGGCCAAGGCCAUCAAGAGCGAGAUCGCCAACCUGACCAGCGCCGGCAAGGAGGUGAUGGUGGUCAACGUGGGGGACAAACUGAGAGGCCUUCUGCACAGAACUCACGGAAGUCACAUCAUGCUGAACUGCAAGGAGAUCGGCCGUAAGCCCCCGACCUUCGGCGAUGCCUCCAUCAUCGCCACCGAGCUCCUGAACUCCGGAUACGAGUAUGAUCAGGGCGCCGUCUUCUUCAACAGGUUCAGAUCUGUCAUCUCCUACAAAACGGACCAGAAGCCGCUGUUUUCCAAUGAGACCGUGACCAACUCAGAGAACAUGGGCAUCUACGAUGACAUCGACGCCGACGUGCUGCAGAAUUACCAGGAGUUUACUCUGGUGAAUGUCAUCUACCUGGCCCUGAAGGAGUCCUCCACCAGCGAGCAGAGCGCCAGGAUGACGGCUAUGGACAGCGCCAGCAAGAACGCAUCCGAGAUGAUUGACAAGCUGACCCUCACCUUCAACCGUACCAGACAGGCCGUCAUCACCAAGGAGCUCAUUGAGAUCAUCUCCGGAGCUGCUGCCCUGAACUGAAGCUUAACAGCGGAGAUAAACAAGCGAUAUCGUCGCUGCUAUCGUCUAUUAGCUCUUCAAAGUACUCCGGACACGUGGUUGUCGAGCGUCUACAUGAACAUUUGUGCUUCUAUUUGUAAAAUAUAUGGAGAAAAAUAAACCUCUUAACCAGAAA